AUGUAUGCUAAAUUCUUGAAAGAGCUUCGUACAAUGAGGAGGAGGAUUUCCAACAAAGAAGUGGUAAGGGCAAGUGAGAAUGUUUCUGCAGUUUUGCAACGAAAACUGCCACCUAAAUGCAAAGAUCCAGGUAGUUGCACAAUCCCUUGUGUUAUUGGUAACACCAAGUUUGAACAUGCCAUGUUAGAUUUAGGUGCUUCCAUUAACGUCAUGCCAUACUCUAUUUAUGCAUCUAUGAACUUAGGAGAGCUUAAAAACGAUGGCGUUAUAAUUCAAUUAGCCGAUCGUUCUAAUACAUAUCCGAAAGGAGUUUUGGAAGAUGUUUUGGUGCAGGUGAUAUUUCCAGCAUAUUUUUAUGUGCUUGAGAUGGAGGAUUUGGCCCAUUCUACACCAUUGCCAAUCUUACUUGGACGACCUUUCAUGAAAAUAGCCCGAUCCAAGAUCGAUGUGUUCAAGGGGACGUUGACAAUGGAAUUUGAUGGCAAUAUCAUUGAUUUUCAUAUUUUUGAAGUCAUAAGGUACCCAAUUGUUGAUCACUCAUGUUUCUCUAUUGAUGCAUUUGAUUCUUUGGCUCAGGAAUAUCUCGAAUCCCUAGAUAGGGAUGCCCUUGAAACCACUAUUGCUCAAGGAAUUGAACUCAUCACCAAUGGGGCUGAACCUAAUCAUGAAGAAAUUGGCGAGAUGGUGGCUGCCCUUGAGUCAUUGCCACAAUAUGUUGGUAAGCCUCCAAUCCCAAUUCCAAUUCCCGUUUCUACUAACAAGUUGUUACCUUCGGUGAUUCAGGCACCCACUCUUGGGCUUAAACCGUUACCGAAUCAUUUGAAGUAUGUCUUCUUAGGAGAUAAAGAGACUUUGCCCGUCAUAGUCUCUUAA